GAGAGAAAACAGCAAAAUGGGUAGUAAAACAAGGGUUUGUACAGCUCCAAAAGUUUAGCUUUAGCAUUGCUUUAAGAACUCCAAGGCAGUUAGGAGGUAGGGACAGAAGGUCGUAGACUCCCAGGGCCUUUCCAAGCAUCUUUUCUUUCUUUCCCCUCUGCUGUAGGAGGUCAAGUAGCCUGAGCAAGUGUUCGUUCUCUGUUGCCAUGUAAUGUUUAGGCUCAGAGUUUUCUCAUUAGAUUUGCAAAAUUACAGAGCUUCAUCUACACUAGCAUACUCGGAGAAUGGGAUUUUAAUAGAUACAGAUCAGAAAAUGAAGAAUCACUUAGAAAAAGACAUUCGUUCAUUUUUAUUUUACUAGUUUUAACGUGUCUUUAGAAGCGUGCCAAUAGAAAGGAUAUUUCACUUGCAGUUAUUUUGAGCAGAAGUAGAAGUGAUCCUUAAGCAAAGAAAACAAAAAUAGAUGUGUUGAUUAACCCUGUCCUGGAAAGGAAAAUAGCUCACGAGACUCCACCCAAGGAUUUAUACAGCUGAUGAUUUACAGAGAAAGGAGAGAUAUUUUCCUCAGUGGUAUAGCACAUGGAGAGUUACCUGUGCUCCCAUAAACAACUUUUACCCAUGUUUCUGUAAACAACUUUAAUGAAAUUUACUCAGACAUAGACAUGGACACACACACACUCAAGUUUGAAAGUAGAAGUGAAACUAGUUGGGAGGAGAAGGGGAAUUAGAGUUUUUUAAGCAGGACAAGAGAGAUUAAUGAGUGGUAAAAAUUAUCAAAUGUAUUAUAUAUACAUAAAAAUGUCACAAAAUAUGUAUAAUUAAUAUAUGCUAAUAAGACAUUCAUAGAAUAGUUGUACUGAAUAACCACUUUGCAAAAAAUUUUUGAUUCAAAUUUAGUAUCAUUAGCAUGGAGUGAAGUUGUUUAGCAUGAUUUAAAAAAUGAAAUAUAACCCUGUACAUCCAUUACAGUUAGUAGUUAGAUUUUUGACAGCGUGUCCUUAAAGUAGAAGGCUUCUCCAUAUUAUCAUGUAUUAGCUCAUCCUUCAGUUAUUUAACCGUGAUGGGCUUUGUUGUGCUCCAUCACUAAUAUCUAUGAUUAGUUGUAUUGUAAACAGGCGAGUUAGGACAGUUUUUAGUGACAUGUUUUCUUGAAAGCAUUCGUAUUAACAUUCUUACUUAAACCAGGAACAAAACUCCUUUGGCCGCCUAAAUUGGCUGGCAUUGUAUAACAAUCAUUUUGAUAAGGUUUCUUUUAAAUGUUUAGUGUCCAAAGACACAGAGAAGGAUUUGUAUCCCUUAAGUACUUUAAUUAAAGUUUUAUUUUGAUUUUAGUUAGUAAAAUUAAUAAAUUAGGUGCCUGAGUUUUCCCCAGACACAUUUAUUACUUAUGUUUUAUUUGUAGUUUGGGGAUGGUUUAUCCUAGUUAACAUUUUCUUUUCUAUAAAGUCUGGAGAUGGCAGUGUGGUUAUUCUUUUAAUCUUUUCUAUAAAACACAAUUUAUAAAAGAACAUCCUACUAGAAGCCAAAUGGCUUAAAUAGAAUGAGAUAACUAUAAUUUUAGAAUUCUUUAACAGUUUUUCAUUUUUACCUUAAUUUUAUUUAUUUAAUAUAUUUAUGUCUACAUUAGUGUGUGUUGGUGUGCAUGCCUAUGUAUACACAUUUAGAGGCCUGAACUUGACUCUUAGUUAAGUUCUCCUCCUUAUUUUUUGAAACAGUAUCUCAUUGAACCGGGAAAUUCUCUGUUCAUAGAUCAGCUUACCAGUGAGGUUCCGGGAUCUUCCUGACCUAGACCCAACCUCCAGCUCUGAGGUUAAUGGUUUGAGUCCCACCUCUGGCUCUUUAUGUGGAGCUGGAGAUCACUUUACCCUCUGAGCCUUCUCCAAGCAUAUCUAAACUUUUGAAAUGUUAAUGCUAUUUUGAAAGUUUAUAAAAAUCUAAUAUUUGUAGUUCUUGCUUAUACCUUUAAAGUUUUAUAGACAUUUGGCUUAAGAAAAUAAAAUGCUCUUUCUAAGUUAUCUGGUACCAGUACAUUUUCUCCACACUCACAUUGCAAACCUAGUUUCUUGUUCUUAUGAAAAUUAGUAGUAGUUCUGCAGUUGGAAGACUUUACUUUUAUAUUAAAUGAACAUCUUAUGCUGUAGCCAGUAAAUCUUGUGAAUUAAAAAGCACAUAAGAAGGUUAUAUUUUACACUAUCUAGGAGGAGCUUGGAGAAUGCGUAUUUCCUGUAUCAGAAGAGCACCUUCACUGAUAGGUUGGUGUAACAUCUACAUUUAUUUGAUCAUUGGCCACUUAAACUUGGAAUAAACAGACAGACAUUUGGUGUUGAUGAUAGACACCACUUGCUCAGACUAUGUGUCUUCUUGGCUCUUCUUUUCCUUUGUAUUUUCUCCAGAGCUGGUUCUCAGGGGCAGUAACAAUUCUGUCUCUUGCUAUGGUUUGGAUGGGGGUUUGGGCUCAUGUGUUGAUCCUCAGGACAGUGUUCAUAGAGGGUGAGACACAUUAGAUGGCCCUAAAGUCCAACAGGACCACACUUGGAAGAGGUGAAAGCAGUUCUUUUCACCAAAGCUGUCACAAAAGUCUAAACCUAACCCCCAAGUCAUUCUUCAGCUUUUCUCCAGUAACAUGACCCCUGUUUGCAGACAUGCUUUGGAAUCAGUAACAUCCACCAUGAGAUGAUUGGAGCCAAGGAGGGUCUUUCCAGAGCUAUGCUGUGGCCUUAACUUUUAGCCUCUUAACUAUUCCCAAAAAACCUCUUUUAUUUGUACCUAUGCAGCCUAAUGUAUUUCCUUAUAGCAGUAAAUAAGGGAACAAUACAUCCCCUACCUCACCCCCCCAAAAGGAAGACUAGGAAAGCCUAUAAAAUUUCUAGUGAAUCUGCAUGUAUGUGAAUAUUUAUCUGACAAUACCUAGCUAAGAUGACUGCUCCAUUUUGAGCAAAGUGACUCUUUUCCCCCUUGGUCUAGUUCUCGCUCUUCUGGACUUUAGACUUUCCAGCUUCAUUUCAGUGGUGGUGUGGUUGAUUUCGUAAGCCCCAUUGAGGUUUGGCAAUGUUAUAGUGAUGUGGUUUCAUGAAAGGUAUUGCAGGAGCUCUCAAAUAAGGAACCAGCUCUUGCAGUUCCUUGUCAAAAGUAGGCUCAGGGUAGAACACCCACCCCACUUGAGAGGGUUGGCCCGAGUGUUUUUAUCUUUUCUUAAAGUGAUAGUAUGAAUCCAGAACCCAAAUAGGAUGGGCUUGAGAUACUCAUGGUGUUUGGCCAGACAAGUGGAAAAUGCUGGUGAACCAGAUUCCUGGAGCAGCUUAUCCUAUGAAAUCCCUUAUGGAGACUAUUCAGUGAGGCACCAUCGAGAAUUGGACAUCUAUACAUUGACUUCCGAAUCUGAAUCACAUUGUGAACCGCAUGGAGACAGUUGUACUGGACAUAUUUCUAAACUUAUGAAUAUCCAGCAGCAGCUAAUGAAAACAAACUUGAAGCAGAUGGACAAUCUCAUGCCCUUAAUGGUGACAACACAAGAUUCAUCUUGUGUGCCCUGUGUACCAGAGCCUUCUGACCACCAGCAGCUUCCUUUUGAAGAAACUAAGAGCACUGUGUGCUGCCAAGGGAGUCCUGGGAGGAAGGAUGCAAGUCCCUGUGACUUGUCAAGUGUGGUUGAGGAAGAAAAUCUCAUCUGUUCUCAUAAGAAAAAUAAAGAUACUGGGAGACCAGGGGAAGGGGUGGAGCCAGCGUCUGCGGUGGACUCUAGGUCUGCAUCUCAUCAAGACAGCUGCCUUCAGAGCAUACCCGACUGUGGAGUGAAGGGUAGAGAAGGCCUGCCAUCCUGUGGAAACAGAAACGAAGUAACUGGAACACAAUAUUCUGGAGUUGCCACGUGUCAGCAGCCCCUGAGCAGCGAGAGCAGUGUGCCGCAGGAUGUCCUGGUCACAGAACCAGAUGCGCGCCAGCACUCUUCUGGAAGGGAGCUACCAGACAGUUCUUCAACAGAUGCUGGUGCCCCAGAAAAGGCAGGAGAACUAGAACAUAGCCUACUUACCCCAGAUGCUACCACCCAGAACAGUAAGCCUCAAGUAGGGGAAAGCGCAAAGGAGAGACUUGAGAAUUCCGACAUUAGCUCCGCCGAGGCGACUGCUGUUCAAGCUUUACGUGAACCCAAGCAGAAAGCUGACGUUACAAACCAUGUCUUUGCCGCCCGUGCUGCGGGUGCUGACGCUCCUGCUGAGGCUUCACCUGCAUGGAGUCCUGAAGAAAUCCCCACUGGAAAACCAGGAAUGGAGACUCAGGAGAGAGGCUGUGAGGGGGGCAUCACAAGUGACCAGAGCUCCCAGGUGCUUCCUGCUGCUGCUGCUGCUACAGAAAACAAGGUUUUAGAUGGACUAGAACUUGAAACUCUUCCAGCAUGCCCUUGUGAGACAGCAUCAUCCUUGGAUUUAACCGUGUCAGGGCCAAGACCAGAUGGGAUGCCAAAACAAAACUCAGAGUCUAGUGCUCAGCAUGCUCAGAGCCUGAAUAGCCAGGCCCCGCUCUGCUCUAUCGCAGGGGCCGGCACGCCCUCUGCUGAGUCUGCGUGUCCGCAGAGCACAGAGACCUCUAGUGGCGGGUCGGUAAUAGAGCAUGGCAGUGGCGAAGCUAGCCUGCCCGAAAGCACAGCAGCGCAGCCAGAACCGCAAGGUCUUUGCACCGCCCCCUGCCCAGAAGACCCACAAGCUGACACAGUCACUUCUGACACUGCAGCACACAACCAGAAAUCUGUGGGGUCUUGUCAUCUCUGUGCUUUAGAUGCAAAGAACCAAGAAAAAGAUUUGAGACAAGAUACACCCUCAGUGAACACGCUUGAGGAUGUUCCACAUCUGCCUUCAGUUGUCCCCCAAUCUGAGGAAAAACUAGAGCCAGACCAGGUAUCACCUCGAGGCAGCAGUUUCUCUCUGGCAAGCAGUCCAGAGAGUGAAUCAGUAACCAAAGAUGACGUACUUUCUCUCGUCUCCUCCCAGAAAGAAAAGGGAACAGCAACUCCUCAGCUCCAUAGAGCUCCAGCUUGUAGUGAUGGCCCAGAUGGAAGAGAUCUGAAUGAUACGGAUAAGGUAGGAGACGGGGCUGCCAGCCCACCUACACCCUCUGCUGUAGAGCUUCAGACCAGCAUGGGGAAUACCAGCCCUGUAGGUGUUGGAGAGCAGGAGGGGUCCAGCCUAACAGCAACACUUGAAGUGCUAAGUGACUCCUUGCUACAAAGCGUGGAUAAGGCUGCUUUGGUCUCUGACUCUCUUCUGCCUGAAGAAGGUGGCAGUAUAGUGGUUCCAGAAAGUUCCACAGCUCUGGGGCAAGGUGGCAAAGACAAAGCAACGAAAUGUCCUUCUGUUAAAGAAGAUGUGCAUUCUUCAGAAAUGUCAAGGGAGGACCAGAGAACACCACCUCCUGGGCAGGAGAUAUCAAGAUUAUGUGAAAAACCUAUGUCAGCCCUGUGUGCCGGGGAGAAAGCGCUGCAGCACAGUAACUCGCCAGACACACCCUCUGCCUGUCUGCAAACAGAAACUAAACACAACAAGGAAGUGGCCCCACAGAGCUCCCCGCUGAUGAAAGGUGGGGCUGUACAGAACCUGGUGCCACCAAAAACAAGUCUGUCUGCCGAUUCAGAGCAGAAAACCUCGAGUACAGAGCAGAGUGGCUCAUCUCUGCUGCCAGGUGGUGCGUCUGAGGCACUCCGCUGUAGUCAGCCUUCGCUCAGUGUCAGCGUGGAGAGCAUUCAGUUCCAAGGGAAAACCAGUGCUUGUAAGGUAAGCAGAAAUGCAAUGGAGGAUGUUACAGUGGCUGAUGCUUUCCUAGCUACUGCUGAGCCCACAAAAGAGGAUGCAUUACACCACGUCAAAGACAUUUCAGACUUGUUAAACCAAGAGAAGAAAACGACUCCAGGUUUGCCAGAAGCUUUACUGGACAAAGGUGUCACUGACUUACAGGAAGUCAUAACCCCAGAGAUAGAACCACUUGAUUGCAAGAGAGAGAAACUGGAGGGAACAGACCUUAGCUGUCCCACAAGUAAAUCCAAAGAGACUCCAAACAAUGAAGAAACAACGCAACCUCCUGCCAGGGACCUCCCCACAGAGACAGGGCUCUCAGCUAUCAAUGACAAUGGCCCCCAAGCUGACAUGAAGCACGUGACUCAGGCAUCGGUCCCAGGAGAGGAAAGUAACGUUACCACUGUACUUGGAAUGGUCUCAACCCAAGCUGCAGAUGGGCCUCCUGGAGCAGACUCCAUAGAGGAGACCGCCACUAGGAUCGUGGAGGCCGUCAUCAAGCAGAUCAAGGCCUCCAACACACUAAGGACACAAGUAGAAAUCCAGAAUCCGCCACUGUCCAGUUCAGAGAUUAAGGAGAUAGAGAACACUGGUUCAGAGAGUGCACGUGUUUUCCUACCCGGGGAGCCCCUGCAGAUGGAGAAUACUCAGAAAGAAACCACUGGACACUGUAGUGUUGAGACAGAGGCACCAGAGAAAAUAAUUCUAGCUGUCCACAGGCCUGAGCCAGCACCAGAAAUGCCAGACACUAAAACUGGAGGUGAAGUGGAUCUUCUGAGUAAGCGCAGUGCUGCUUCUGAGGAGGAGGCUAUAGGAAAUGGAGCUGCCACGCCCAAGAUGAAGCAAGCCCCAGGGACCCAGGUGAUCAACCGAGAAAGCUGGUGUGCCAUAGAGCCCUGCCCUGAAGCAGCAUCUCUCUUAGCUUCCAAACAGAGCUCAGAAUGCAGAAGCUUCAUAGAUGUUGGACUGGGCACGGAGUGUGCCACAAAAGAAGGCGUGCUCCAGAGAGAGUCAGGGAGUGAUUCUGACCUCUUUCACUCACCCAGUGAUGAAAUGGACAGCAUCAUCUUCUCAAAGCCUGAGGAAGAGCAGUUGCUUUGUGAUACAACAGGAUCCAGUUCUUCAACAGAUGACACAGCUUCCCUGGAUCGACAUUCUUCUCAUGGCAGUGAUGUGUCCCUUCCUCAGACGUCAAAGUUAAACAGGUCCAGAAAUCAUCAAAGUUCCAAUGGCUUUUUCAGCCAUGGGGUGGACCCUGAGAGUCGGGAAGGUGAGAGCGAGCCUGCUGGCUCUGGUGAAAUGGAAGAGGAGGAGAUGGACAGCAUCACUGAAGUGCCUGCAAACCGCUCUUUUCUGAGGAACUCCAUGCGCUCUCUUUCUCCUUUCCGGAGGCACAGCUGGGGACCUGGGAAGAAUGCAGCCAGUGAUGCAGAAAUGAACCAGCGGAGUUCAAUGCAAGUUCUUGGGCAUGUUGUCAGGAGACCUCCCAUUCAUAGGAGAAGUAUGAGCUGGUGUCCCUCUGGUGUGCAGUACUCGGCUGCCCUGAAUGCUGACUUUAAUAUCAGAAGUUUCAGUCUGGAAGGCUUGACAGGAGGAGGUGGUGUUGGAAAUAAGCCAUCCUCAUCUCUAGAAAUAAGCUCUGCAAACUCCAGCGAGCUCAGAAACCCUUUCAGUGGUGAGGAGCAGAGGAGCUCUUUGAUGUCGCUUUCAGAAGAACACCUGGAACCGGACCAGAGACAGCACCAUAGGAUGUUUGACCAGCAGACAUGUUACAGGUCUAAACAACAGGGAUUUAACUACUGUACAUCAGCUAUUUCUUCUCCAUUGACAAAAUCCAUCUCAUUAAUGACAAUCAGUCAUCCUGGAUUAGACAAUUCACGGCCCUUCCACAGUGCCAGUGCCAACCUGACAGAGAGUAUAACAGAAGAGAACUGUAAUUUCCUGCCUCCAAGCCCCUCAAAAAAGAGUUUUGAAGAAAAGAGUGGGACUAAGGUUAGUCGCACCUUCAGCUACAUCAGGAAUAAAAUGUCCAGCAGCAAGAAGAGCAAAGAAAAGGAAAAAGAGAAAGAUAAAACUAAGGAAAAAGAGAAGGAAUCUAAAGAGAAGGAAAAAGAUAAAAAGACUCUUAACGGGCACACUUUCAGCCCCAUUCCUAUUGUGGGUCCCAUCAACUGCAGCCAGUGCAUGAAGCCUUUCACCAACAAGGACGCCUACACAUGUGCAAGUUGUGGUGCUUUUGUCCACAAAGGCUGCAGAGAAAAUUUAGCCUCCUGUGCAAAGGUCAAAAUGAAGCAGCCGAAGGGGAGCCUCCAGGCACACGAUACAUCAUCGCUGCCCACAGUCAUCAUGAGAAACAAGUCUUCACAGCCCAAGGAGCGCCCUAGGUCUGCAGUCCUCUUGGCUGAAGAGGCCAUUGCUGCACCAAUGUUUACUAACAGAAGGUCCCAGCAGAGUGUCUCCCUCUCUAAAAGUGUCUCCAUACAAAACAUUACUGGAGUUGGCAACGAUGAGAACAUGUCAAACACCUGGAAAUUUCUGUCUCAUUCAACAGACUCACUGAAUAAAAUCUGCAAGGUCAAUGAGUCAACAGAAUCCCUUACUGAUGAGGGAGUAGGUACAGACAUGAAUGAAGGACAGCUGAUGGGAGAUUUUGAAAGCGACUCUAAACAGCUAGAAGCAGAGUCAUGGAGCCGGACAGUGGACAGCAAGUUCCUUAAACAGCAGAAGAAAGAUGUGGUCAAGCGGCAGGAAGUGAUUUACGAGUUGAUGCAGACUGAGUUACAUCACAUCCGCACACUGAAGAUCAUGAGUGACGUGUACAGCCGGGGCAUGAUGACAGAUCUGCUCUUUGAGCAGCAGAUGGUGGAAAAGCUGUUCCCCUGUUUGGAUGAACUGAUCAGUAUCCACAGCCAGUUCUUUCAGAGAAUCCUGGAGCGGAAGAAGGAGUCUCUGGUGGAUAAAAGUGAAAAGAACUUUCUCAUCAAGAGGAUAGGGGAUGUGCUUGUCAGUCAGUUCUCAGGUGAGAAUGCAGAGCGUUUAAAGAAGACAUAUGGCAAGUUCUGUGGACAGCACAACCAGUCUGUCAACUACUUCAAAGACCUGUACACCAAGGAUAAGCGUUUCCAAGCCUUUGUGAAGAAGAAGAUGAGCAGUUCAGUAGUAAGAAGACUGGGAAUCCCAGAGUGCAUUUUACUUGUAACUCAGAGGAUCACCAAGUACCCAGUUUUAUUCCAAAGGAUACUGCAAUGUACCAAAGACAAUGAAGUGGAGCAGGAAGACCUCACCCAGUCCUUGAGCCUGGUGAAGGAUGUGAUUGGAGCCGUGGACAGCAAAGUAGCAAGUUAUGAGAAGAAAGUGCGUCUCGGUGAGAUUUACACAAAGACAGAUAGCAAGUCGAUCAUGAGAAUGAAGAGUGGGCAGAUGUUCGCCAAGGAGGAUCUGAGACGGAAGAAGCUGGUGCGGGAUGGAAGUGUGUUUCUCAAGAGCGCAACAGGAAGGCUGAAAGAGGUUCAAGCAGUUCUUCUCACUGACAUUUUAGUUUUCCUUCAAGAAAAAGACCAGAAAUACGUAUUUGCAUCAUUGGACCACAAGUCAACAGUGAUCUCCUUAAAGAAACUGAUUGUAAGAGAAGUUGCCCAUGAGGAGAAAGGCCUGUUCCUCAUCAGUAUGGGGGUGAAAGAUCCAGAGAUGGUGGAGGUCCAUGCAAGCUCCAGAGAGGAGCGGAAUAGCUGGAUUCAGAUCAUUCAGGACACAAUCAACUCCUUGAACAGAGAUGAAGAUGAAGGGAUUCCCAGUGAAAAUGAAGAAGAAAAGAGAUUGUUGGAUACCAAAGCCCGGGAGUUAAAAGAACAACUUCAGCAGAAGGACCAGCAGAUCCUCCUCUUGCUGGAAGAGAAGGAGAUGAUUUUCCGGGACAUGACUGAGUGCAGCACUCCCUUACCUGAGGAUUGCUCCCCAACACACAGCCCGAGAAUGCUCUUCCGCUCCAACACAGAGGAGGCUCUCAAAGGAGGACCGCUGAUGAAAAGUGCAAUCAGCGAAGUGGAAAUCCUUCAGGGGUUGGUGAGUGGAAGCCUUGGUGGCACACUUGGGCAGCCCAUCAGCAGCCCUGUUGAGCAGGAAGUCAUGGCUGGGCCCAUUUCUUUGCCCCGGAGAGCAGAGACCUUUGGAGGAUUUGACUGUCAUCAGCUGAAUGCUUCCAAAGGAGGUGAGAAAGAAGAGGGUGAUGAUGGCCAAGAUCUUAGGAGAACAGAAUCUGAUAGUGGCCUGAAAAAGGGUGGAAAUGCUAACCUGGUAUUUAUGCUUAAAAGAAACAGUGAGCAGGUUGUCCAGAGCAUUGUGCACCUCCACGAGCUCCUUACCAUGCUGCAGGGUGUUGUGCUACAACAAGACAGCUACAUUGAGGACCAGAAGCUGGUGCUGACAGAGAAGGUACUCACAAGGAGUGCAUCCCGCCCCAGCUCUCUCAUUGAGCAGGAGAAGCAGCGGAGCCUGGAGAAGCAGCGCCAGGACCUGGCCAACCUGCAGAAGCAGCAGGCACAGCACCUGGAGGAAAAGCGACGACGUGAACGUGAGUGGGAGGCCCGUGAGCUGGAGCUUCGAGACCGAGAGGCCAAGCUGGCUGAGCGGGAAGAGACAGUCCGUCGUAGGCAGCAGGACCUGGAGAGGGACCGCGAAGAGCUCCAGCAGAAGAAGGGCACUUACCAGUGUGAUCUAGAGAGACUACGGGCUGCCCAGAAACAGCUGGAACGGGAGCAGGAACAACUGAAGAGGGAUGCAGAGCAGCUCAGCCAGAGGCAGAUGGAGCAGGACCUUUGCCAGGUUUCAAAUAAACAUGGCAGACUGAUGCGGGUCCCGUCCUUCUUGCCCAAUUCGGAUGAGUUCUCCUUGCUGUCUACACCUUCUAUAACCAAAUCGGGCUCACUGGACUCAGAACUCUCAGUGUCUCCUAAAAGGAACAGCAUCUCUCGGACACAGAAAGAUAAGGGGCCUUUCCAUAUACUGAGCUCAGCCAGCCAAACAAAAGUACCAGAGGGGCAGAGCCAGGCCCCGUCCAGCACCUCCACUUCCACCCGACUCUUUGGAUUAUCUAAGCCAAAGGAAAAGAAGGAGAAGAAAAAGAAGAGCAAAGGAAGCCGCACUCAGCCUGGUGAUGGUCCUGCUCCAGAAGUACCAGCAGAGGGUGAAGAGAUCUUCUGUUGACCCAUUUCCUCUGCCAGGGCAGCUGCCUUCCAACCCUGACCUGACAGUGGAGCUGCCGGGGCACUCCUGCUGCCCCUGUGCACAAGUCUCUUACACUGGACGCCCACUGCCCCUCAGCGUCCAGUCCUCCUGAGCUACCCCAGGUCCUGGACAAGAAGGAGCAGCACCUGUGUGGGGGGUGGGGACGGACACUCAGACUCCACUUCAGCUGUAACCCGUGACUGCCCAGGGCUUGGGUGGGCCUGGCCUCACUCAGGUGUUACACUGAAGGUAGUGACCCUAGAAGUAUAGAAGAGUUUGAGACAUGUCGGGAUUUCCCAAAAGCUCAGAGGGUUUUUCCAAAUGAGGUCUGCAGCUCUGCCUUGUAUUUGGGGGAAUCCAACCAGAGUCAAGGAGCAGAUAGUGCCAACUUUGUGUACAGUGACCGUCUUCAUGGACACAUGGAGCACACAGCUGUGUACACAGUUCUUCUCAAACAUCAGGAGAGCUUAGCCCAAGGGCAAGCAUCUACUGACCAGGUGGCACCCUGUGGUCCUCUGAGACUGGGUCCCUUGAAAUGGUCCCUGUGCACACACCACCCAUCUCUGUAUGUAUUCCUCAUUUCCUUUCAGGAAGAACAACAAACACUUGUGAAACAGCAAGAGGCCUGAUGUGCACGGACGAGCAUAGUCUGCAGUGCCUGUAUCUUCUCCACACUCUAGGCUGAGCUCUCUGACUUCAUAAUCAGAUCAGGAAGAAAUAUACUGCCUGCCCUAGAUGCCUGUCUACAUGCUCUGGGCACAAAGGAAGUAGAGGGGACUCUUCACCACUGUCCCCAGUAUGACAUUUUCUAGUUGUUACUGGACCUCGCUAUGGGAAAGUGUGUAGCCUGUUAAUGCUCCCAGCCACCUGCCUGGGUCUCGCCCUGAGGCUUCUCUGGGAUUACUGACGAAAAGUAGGUUCCAGUUCAGGAGUUAAGUCUUUCUAGUGGUUUUGCCAAUACCAAGAAGGGAGCUGGCCCUGAGGCAUGGCUGUGUGCACGCCCCUCAGCCACAGGUCCUCCUCACAUACGGUUUUCAGAUGCAGUUUGCUUGGUUGCGCUCUUCUUACCCUUGAAGCUGUCAAGUGCUGCUUGUCUCUCCUCUCGCCCUCUGUCUCCAUGCGUUGAUCUGUGCAUGCUUGAGGCCUUCACCAGCUCGUGUGUGCAGGACAGUUCAUUGGUAAUGUUCCCUCCAAGGCUCGUUUACUCCCCGGGAGGGACACACUAAGGUCUGGGCUUCACACGUGGCCUUCAGUUCCUGGUUUUGCCCUCAGAAGCGUUGUGCAGAAACAAACCUGUAACUUGGUGCUUGUUGAUGACCUGCGAGCUGGUCUUGCAGGGACAGAUCUUUCAGUUUACUUGGAAGAGUCCUGGUUUAAAUUUUUUAGCCUAAAUUUGUUUUAUUUAUUUUGUGUUUGUGUUUUAUUUUAUUCUGAAAGUGAACCAGUACUGGCCCAGCAGUUUAAACCAUCUUUUCAGUACAGAAAAUGAAAUGUCUCCGCAAGUGCAUGAAGGUCCUGAGGGAAACUGAGGUUAGAUGGGAGCUGCGCCCUUCUGUCCCAUGCCCAUUUUUUUUUAUAAGGAACGUUUGUUCUUUUUUGGAGAUUUUUAAAGUUGCCCCAUUGGCUACUUUUACCUCUCUUUGACAAGGUUGGUUUGGCUCUUUAAAGCUGGGUGGGGUUUUGUUUCGUUGGUUGGGUGUUUCUUUUUCUACUAAAACUAUGGUGUAUACUUCCCUCAAGCACCUUAACAGCAAGAAGUUAGUCACUUCCUUCUCCAAGUCCAGCUAUGACUUCUCCAGCUGUCACAGUAGAGCCUGCUGUGCCUCAGUGCACCACAGGGUUUGGCUGGUUGGCCUUGUCCCUGCCUCUGAACAGCCUCUUCAGGGGGAAUGUGCCCUUCCUUCCACAGCCAAGCACUUCCACUUAGGGGAAGAGCCUGACUCCCACCUAGAUCUGACAGAAAAUCAAACCAAGUCCUGCCCUCCUCCCUGUGCAGGAGGCCAGUGAGCGCCUCCAGGUUCACUCUGACCCACACAGUGAGCCACUGUGCAACCUAGGAUGGCCUGCCCCAGUUCCCUCUACAGCCAACCAGCUAUGUUGUGUUUUGCUUGCUUUGGUUGUUUUUAAAAACCAGUUUUACUUCUAUCCACAUUCCCCAAAACAAUGGUCAGUGACAGUUGGGAGGCCUUAAAAAUCAAGACAGCAUCCACUGAGUGCCCCUAGGCUGCCCAGCUUCCUCCGGGAAGAGAACCAUUUGCCAAGAACUGUUUCACCUGCCUGCACCACCUGGUCCCCUCAGAAGUCUGUCACGCUUGGGGAGUUGCUGCUUGUGCUCUUGCUUAGGACCCCAAAGACUGCUGUGGCUGAGUCAACAGCCUUCUGUGGAGUCUCUAAUAUGAGAAGGGUGGUUUUCUAGGGACCAGGUUGUGUCCUGUCCUGUUCCCCAUUCUGAGAAAUCAUGAUUUUAUAUCAAGCUAAAGAAAUUAUUGCUUUGGGGGACAGGUGGAAAUUGACCCCAGCCUUGUGUAAUCCAGUGAACUUUCUGAAAGAUUGUAUCUUCUCUCAAAAAUUAUAAUCAUCUCAGUAGCUGUCGUCCCAUCUGGGUGACAUGUGCACUUUAAAUGACCUCUCAUCAGCUGGCUUCAUCUUUGAGACAAUCAAAUCUGUAACGGUUUCCUUAGAGGGUGGAGAGGGUUAGGAUAAAGACCCGCCAGCAUGACCCCACCAUGCUCUCAUGGAAGUUCCUGCAGGGGGAGCCCUCACCAUGAUUGAUUGGUUGUUUUUUCAGAAGGUACGAACUGAGUCUUUUGAGGGUCACACCACUAGCGCUGCCCUUGGCUAGUUCCGCCCACCCCUUGCUGGUUCUUCCCAGCCUCCCUCACAGCAGUAAGUUCAGGUGUGUUGAUCCCUUCAGGGUAGCAUGAGUACACACAGGCUUAGUAAAGGACAGACCUUGGCCCACAGACCAGAGUUUGCCCAGAGUCCUCCUCUCCAUAUGAGUUUGUAAGGUCUCUUCCUGUCCCUGAGGCUCUGUGACCUCACCCAUUGUUUUUGCCAAGGCUCUUGGUAUUUCAUUGGACUUAAGUUGCCUUUGACCUGUACCCAGAAGACAGUCCUGAAGUGUGGGCUUCCUUGUCUGGACACCUGCAUGGGUGCCCUUAAGUGAAGCAGUGACACACACACACACACACACACACACACACACACAGCAGUGACACACACACACACACACACACACACACCCCGGCCAUCGCUGCAGAGAACAAGGGCACAGUGUGUUCAGUUUCGGCUCCCUGUUUUCUUUCAUGUAGCCUAACAUUCCUAGUUAACUAGACUUUGGAGUCUGCUGCCUGCUGGCCGGGUGGAGAAAUGCAAAGUGUUCUAAUGCUGCCAUAAAGUGAGCAGGGAGGGGUGGCAGAGGCCUUUUCCUGCACUCACGGGAUUUAAUUUGUCAAAUGAUUGACAGGUCCUGAGUUACUUCUCCAUCUCAACUAAGGUAUAAAGUGGGUGGCCCCCACUACCGCAAGUGUGCCCUGUGGAGAAACCAGGCAGGUGCUGCUACUGCCACAGACCCCAGAGGGCCUCUGCAGGAAGCACAGAACCUAUGCCUUAGAACCCUCCCAGCCUCAGCUGCCCUGCCUUGGUUGCCACCUGCUGGGAUGGGCCUAACCCAGCGGGUUCGUCUCAGGUUUGCCCCUGAGGCCUAGGCUGUACAGAAGGUGGGCAGGAUACACCUAUACCUCUGUUCUUGUUGUCUCCAAAUGCUGUAUGAACAUUUCUGUACUAAGCCUAUUAAGUAAAAAGUCGGGUUCAACCCAAGCGCUGUAUAGUAAUUUGUAAUUAUGUAUAAAGUGAAGCAGUUCUGAACUGUAAAGAUUUUCAGUGUGUUUUCUGGAAAUUUGCCACAACAUACUGGCUUUGUAUUUUAUUUAUCAUCCUUUGUAGUUACUGGCUUCCGAGUCUUGUAAAGUCCCCCUCAGACCUUUCAGAAAUAAUAAAUGUCCUUUGAAAUCUUGA